GGGCGCUUUCCUUUCGGACUACGUUUCCCAGAGGACACAGCGAUUCAAACUAUUUCCGGUAGGGACGUUGGCGGACUAGUCGGCCGCGGAAGGAGGGGAGGGCUUUUUACCCGACCAGCAGAGUGUGCAAGGCUGGGCGUGCGGCCUCGCAUGGAAUGCGAAUCAGAAUUUGGACCAAAGACCUACCUGAGGAUGCUGAAGCAGUAUUUUCUUUGGACUGUGAGUUUCUCCUAAAGUGGAACUAAGAAGAGGACUAAUACAUUGAAUUUUUAAAAAACCAUGGCCCAUGGUUUGGUGAUGUUCAAAGAUGUGGCUAUAGAUGUCUCUCAGGAGGAAUGGGAAUGCCUGAACUCUACACAAAGGGAUUUGUACAAAGAUGUGAUGUUGGAGAACUAUAGCAACCUGGUUUCAUUGGGACUUUCUAUAUCUAAGCCGGCUGUGAUCUCUUCAUUAGAGCAAGGGAAGGAGCCCUGGAUGGUUGUGAGGGAAGUGGCAGGAGGACGGUGCCCAGACUUGGUGUCCAGGUGUGAGGCCAAGAAGUUAUCUCCAAAAAGAGACAUUUAUGAGACAGAGCCAUCCCGAUGGGCUAUCAUGGAACAAUUUAAAAGUCAUAAUCCUGAGAAGUCCAUUUUCAGAGAUAUUUGGGAAUGUAGUAGUCAGUUUGAGACACAACAGGAGCAGGACUAUUUUAGGCAAUUUGUUAUCAACCAUGAACACAUGCCUAUAUUUAACCAACAUACUUUACUCGCUCAAGAAUUUUAUAAUAGAGAGAAAAUUUUUGAAUGUAAAGAAUGUAGCAAAAACUUUAGUUACCAUUUAUUUUUUAGUCAUCACAAAAGAACUCAUUCUAAAGAAAAACUUUCUGAAUGUAAGGAAUGUGCAGAGACUGUUAAUGCAUCAUAUCUUACUAAACAGAGAAUUCAAAAUAGUAGCAAGUGCAAGGAAUGUUGGAGGGCUUUUAUUCAUUGUUCACAACUUAAACAACACCUGAGAAUCCAUAAUGGUGAAAAACACUAUGAAUGUAAAGAAUGUGGAAAGGCCUUUAAUUAUGGCUCAGAACUUAUUCUGCAUCAGAGAGUUCACACUGGUGAAAAACCCUAUGAAUGUAAGGAAUGUGGGAAGGCCUUUAGGCAGCGAUCACAGCUUACUCAACAUCAGAGACUUCAUACUGGUGAAAAACCUUAUGAAUGUAAGCAAUGUGGGAAGGCUUUUAUUCGUGGCUUUCAACUUACUGAACAUCUACGACUCCAUACUGGUGAGAAACCCUAUGAAUGUAAAGAAUGUGAAAAGACUUUUAGGCAUCGCUCACACCUUACCAUUCAUCGGAGAAUUCAUACUGGUGAAAAACCCUAUGAAUGUAGAGAAUGUGGAAAGGCCUUUAGCUAUCACUCAAGCUUCUCUCACCAUCAGAAAAUUCAUUCUGGCAAAAAACCUUAUGAAUGUAGUGAAUGUGGGAAGGCCUUUUGUGAUGGCUUACAACUUACUCUACAUCGGAGGAUUCAUACUGGUGAGAAACCCUAUGAAUGCAAGGAAUGCGGGAAGACCUUCAGACAGUGCUCACACCUCAAAAGACAUCAGAGAAUUCAUACUGUCACAAAAGAAAACCAAAGACCAUUUGCAAGUGACAAACAAAAUGUGUAUUUAUGAUUUUGCUACCUCUGUCAAAAUAUAAAAUGAGGAAAUCUGGAACAUCGCAGUAAUUCAUUUCAUUGAUGACAUCAAUUUAACAAGAUAGCAUGGGGAAAGGAUGCCAUGCACAUUGAAAGCCUUGUUAAGACACAUGUUCCCCAAAGCAUGAGAGAAAAACCUACAAAGAUUCGGAGACCUGCCACUUACUACAGUAAAAGAGAAAUUGUUCUGUUUCUAUCCUCUGCUAUUGAGAAGAAAGUGCACUUCCAGGCAAACUUCUUUGUGCUAUGAAAGCAACACAUUCUACCAUUUUAGAAAACCCAUAUACAGAAUGACAAAGAAUGCUGCCAGCUUUGAGUGGAGCUAGCACAGUAAAGUAGCAUGUCCCAGGUGAGGUGCAAAUAGUGCUUCCACUUGAGCUGUAUGAUCUGAAAUACUGUAUACUGUUGGAGAUAUGACUGAUUGAAAAUGAUGUGGUGUGAAGUUCAUGGCAAGCCCUAGUCAGAGCAGAAUGAGCAAGGACAUGUCAUCCACAGCAGGUAAGUACAGAGUUUUUGAAAAUAAGCUCCUGGCAUGCUCCUGGGCUCUGUGAAGACAGAAUGCUUGACCAUGUGAAACCAAGUCACCAUGCACCCUGAAUUGCCCAUUGUGAGGUAUGUCCUGUCAGAACCACAAAGUGAUAAAGUUGGAUGAGCCCAGUGCAAUCUUUGAAAAAAAUGGAAAUGGUACGUUCAGAAUCAUGCACAAGAAGUACUAAGGGGACACAAUCUGCAUGAGCAUGUCACCCAUCACGUCCACCAGUGUCUCUCUCAGUUCACUCAUAUGGACAUAUGGGAGUCCCAUAUAACCAACUGAGGAAGAAAGAAAAAGGCUGAACUCAGCUUACAGUUUGUUGGCUCUGUAUAUGAAUGUAAACUGAAAUGGAAAGCAGCAGCAUUACACAGAAGGUUCACACAGGGGCGGCUCUGAAAGAGACGUUUUUCUCAGUGGGUGAAACUUCAGGUAUUGCAUUUGGUCAUCCACUUCACGUAGAAGGAGAAGUGGCCCAAGAAAAGAAUCAUACUCCGAGGGUAAAUGGCCUAGUCAGGGGCCUGGAAGAAGAAACGUUGGAAGACUGUUACAUCAGUCAAUAUUUAACCAGAAAACAGAACAGUAUAUAAAGAUUUAUUGCAGUGAAUCUGCUUAUGUGAUUGAGGGGGGCGCUGUCUAAGUAAGUCUAAAAUCAGGAAGGGCAAGCUAGAAUUCUUGGACGUGAGAUGAAACUGCUAUCCGCGGGCAGAAUUUUUUCUUUUCAGGAAUUCCUCAGCUCUACUCAAUGUCUUUCAGCUGCUUAAAUCAGGCCCUCCUAGAUUAUCUAGGAUGAUCUCCCUUAAAGCUAACUGAUUAUGGACUUUAGUCACAUCUACGAAAUACCUUCACAGCAACACCUAGAUUAGUGUUUGGAUAACUGUAGUCUAGCCAAGUUGACACAUAAAAAUGAUCUUAACUGUCCACUGCUUAUCAACUUGGCACCCAUACACAUUUCCUUUAAUCACACUCUUCAAAUGAAGACAAUAAGUUGUACUUCCAACUAAGAUGAAACACUGUCCUGUGUACAACUGAAAACACAUUAACCCUUUCCCCAAGAGAGUACGCAAAAGUCCUUAGGUGAGGUUCACUCUUAUAUCCUGUGAUACAAAGUUAACUAUUACUAAUAAAUCUUAUGUUUGACAGUAAGGGGAUAAGAGAAGGAAGGAAACAAAAAUAUUUGGUUAAUAUGUAUAUACACAUAACAAAAUGAGGAAGAAUUAUGCAUGCUGCUACUGCUCUCAUUUUUACAACUGGUCAUCUCAUAGCUAGUAUUUAUAACUAUAUUCUUCCACUACACAUUCCAUAUCUACUUUGUCCUCAGCUGAUUUUGAUUCUUUCCUGUCAGGAUAAAUCAAAUAUUCCUGAAGUGUCUCAGCCAUUAGCAGUCCUUUCUGAAUCCAGCUGUAGUUUUCCAUUAACAUUAAUCACAGGACAUGGUAGUACUGAGCCACACUAAGGGGGCUCCUAUAUUUCAGACAUAAGAUUCUUUACAUUCAUUAUGUAUUAUCAGCCCAAAUUCCUCUUGGUAAUCAGGACCAAUCACUCAUUGAGUACAGUAAACCUCCUUCUUUGCCUGUUGGUUUAGAAGCAUGAGGAGCCCAAAGCAGCCUCAACCCAAGGUGGCAGCUUCAACUUUCACGUUAAUGGUAACGAUUGUUAUCUUCUGGUGGAAGCAUUCCUCUACUUGCAACUAAGGCUUCUAGUCCAGCAGAGUCUAAGGUUACAGGGAUGGAAAGCAAAAAUUUUGCUAGUGGAUCACGACAGGUAAUAAUGUGUGGAACCACUCCCAUUUGCACUCCUUGACUCCUGGACCCAUUUGCACCAUAUACUGGAUGUUGAUAUAGAGCAUAUACGGCAUCCUCAAAGACACUUCCCCAAUCCCACAAGAUAUUGCUAUCUCAAUGGCACUGAAAUUGAGGCUUCAGAAGGCCAUUCUAACAUUCUAUCAAGAUAGCUUUUUCAGGAAAAAAAAAAUCCUUCAGAAUGAUGGAAAACAUGGUAAGACCAUGUGAGUAGCAUGAGUAUGGGCUCAUUGCCACAAUUCAUUUGCUAUGAAAUGAGCCCUUUGAUCAGAAGCAAAUGUUAUUUGAAAUACCACAAUGAUGCAUAAGGUGCUCUUUAAGUCCACAGGUAAUAGUGUGGUGGAAACAUUGAAUACAGGGAAAGAAUAACCAUAUCACCCAGGGAAUGAUGCCAUUUUGGUUACUCAGUGUUGGUGUCGGCUACUGGCAGACUAGGCCGUCAGCAGUAGCUGUAACCAGGACAUUUUUGGUGAGUGGAAGUCCAUAUUGUUGAGCCGAUGCAUAACCUCCAUCAUUGGGACCAUGGCUACUUUUUUAUGAGCCCACUGGGUAAUGACACAAAUGGCUGAGAAAAGAGGCUGACUGAUAUCCUCAGAAUUGGUCAUCCUAUACAUGUAUUAAGAUCCUCUUCUGCUGAGAUAAGCAUUCAUAUGGGACACAAAUAUCUUCACAUCCUUUCCCAUUCAGAGAAGUCUGUCCACAUACCACUUCCCCAGACUUCCUCAUCACACGUUUUCCAGUCUAAGUCUAAGUCUGACCAUCCAACCAAACUAUUGGCCACAGCCUAUGAAUAUAGACUCUUGCUUCUGGCUAUUUCUCUUUCUAGGCAAAAUAAACAACAACAUGCCCUCCUCAUAUUUCUUACCAUUGGGAAGAUUUCAUCAUUAUCCUUCAAGGAGGUCCAAGAAAGCGGCUGUAGUGCUGCAACUGUCCUUAUUUAGGUGGUACUUACAUGUCAUACAGAACCAUCUGUAAACCAUGUUCACAUUUUUCUCUUCCUUAGCCAGCUGGUUGUAGGGCACUCCCUGUGAGAUCAUAGGGUGGCCUGGGAGUGGUAUAUCUUAGGAGUAGGGGUCAUGUGUGUUUUAGUCCACUUAAUUUUUUUUUUUUUUGAGAGUGAGCAUGGUGGGGAGGGGGAAAGGGAGAGGAAGAGAGAGAGAAUCUUAAGCAGGUUCCGUGCCCCACACAGAGUCUGACAUGGGGCUUAAUCUCAUGACCCUGAGAUCAUGACCUGAGGUGAAAUCAGAGUUGUAUGCUCAAUUGACUGAGCCACCCAGGUGCCCCUUUAGUCCACUUAUUCAUGCAACUUUGCCUUCAGGGCCUGCUUGAGCCAAAUCUCCAAUAUACCUCUCUCAUUUGAGGUAGUAUAAACAUCCUGGACCUGUUGAAGAGCUUUCUCAUAUUCUGGGCCCCACUCAAGCUAGCAGUUUUUCAGUUCAUUAAGUAAAUGGGCCAUAAUGGCAUAUUCAGAUUACUUUUUUUUAAAACGUUGUGUCUAAAAUCCAAAGAGUUCACUAUGUUUCAUGGCUCUACUUUUGUUCUAGGAGGGGAUUCUUCACUUUAAGAAGGAUAUUUCAGUAUGCACCACAUUGACUGCAUAGAAAUUCCACUGAGGUGGAAGGACCCUGAAUUUUUGCCAAAGUUAUCUCCAACUGUCUGACAUACAAAUGUCUUGCCAAUAUGUCUAGAGUCUAUUAAUGUAAUGGCCUAGCAUGAUGACUUAUGCAAGGGAAAUGUGACUGAGGUGUGGGUGGACUAAAUUAUGACCUAGAGCUGGAGAGUUGAUAUACCCUUACGAUGGUUAAUUUUAUGUGUCAAUUUGGCUAGGCCACAGUACCUACAUAUUUGGUCAGACAUUACUUUAGAUCUGUCUUUGAAGGUAUUUAUUAGACAAGAUUAACAUUUCAGUCAGUAGACUGGCUAAAGCAGAUUGCCCUCCAUAAUGUGUGUGGCCCUCAUCCAGUCAGUUGAAGGCUUUAAUAGAAAAAAAUUGAAUUCUCUUGAAGAAGAGGAAAUUCUGUCAGCAGACUGCCUUUAGGCUUGAACUGCAGCAUCAACUUUUACCUGGUUUUCCAGCUUGCAUGACUGCCCUGCAGAGCUUUUACUUGCCAGCUUCCAUAAUUACCUGAUCCAAUUCUUUUCUUUUUAAAGAUUUUAUUGAUUUAUUUGAGAGAGACAGAGAGAAUAAGUAGGGAGAGGGACAGACGGAGAAGCAGCAGCAGCCUCCCUGCUGAGCAGGAAGCCCGAUGUG